UGACAGAGGAGCCAGGAAGAAAGCUGUGACCAGUAGCAAAGCUUAGUGCCUCUUUGCACUAGCUACAGUGGAGCUCUGGCCUCUGCUGGCCCAGCCUCCCACACAGCGACCCCACCUGUAAGCGCGGCAGCCAGCUGCCCAGCCUCCGGCCUGAGAAUGUCUGUCCUGGAGACCUCCAAGUUGCUGGAUGAGGAGCUAUACUCACGGCAGCUGUGAGGCCCAAGGUGUGUGCUGGACUUGCCGGCCAUGCAGAGGAUUCAGCGAGCCAAGGUCCUGCUAUCAGGCCUUCAGGGUCUGGGGGCUGAGGUGGCCAAAAACUUGGUCCUGAUGGGUGUGGGCAGCCUCACGCUGCAUGAUCCCCACCCCACCUGUUGGUCUGACCUGGCUGCCCAGUUUUUCCUCUCAGAGAAGGACUUGGAAAGGAGCAGGGCUGAGGCAUCUCAAGAACCUGUGGCCAAGCUCAACGGAGCCGUCCAGGUGUGUGUGCACACAGGUGACAUCACCGAGGAGCUGCUGCUAGACUUCCAGGUGGUGGUGCUGACUGCCUCAAAGCUGGAGGAGCAGCUGAAGGUGGGCGCUUUAUGCCACAAGCUCGGAAUCUGCUUUCUGGUGGCCGAUAGCCGGGGCCUCGUGGGGCAGCUCUUCAGUGACUUCGGUGAGGACUUCACUGUGCAGGACCCUAUGGAGGCAGACCCUCUGACAGCUGCCAUCCAGCACAUCUCCCAGGGCUCCCCUGGAAUUCUCACUCUGAGAAAAGAGGCCGAUGCCCACUACUUCCGUGAUGGGGAUCUGGUGACUUUCUCAGGCAUUGAGGGCAUGGUUGAGCUCAAUGGCUGUGAUCCCCGGCCUAUCCACGUGCAGGAGGACGGAACCUUGGAGAUUGGGAACACAGCCAUUUUCUCCCGUUACUUGCGUGGUGGGGCUGUCACUGAGGUCAAGAAAUCCGAGAUUGUGAGCCAUAAGCCCCUGGAUGUAGCCCUGCUCCAGCCCCGUGUGGUGGCCCAGAAUCCCCAGGAAGCUUACCGUGCCCGCUGCCUGCAUCAGGCCUUCCGUGCACUGCACCAGUUCCAGCACCUCAACGGCCGCCUGCCCCGGCCUUGGGAUCCUGAUGAUGCAGAGAUGGUGGUGGGCCUGGCCCGGUCCCUGGAACCACUGAAGGGGACAGAAGGAGGGCCACUGGAAGAGCUGCUGGAUGAGGCUCUAGUGCAGAGAGUCGCCCUGAGUAGUGCUGGUGGCUUGAGCCCCAUGGCAGCCAUGCUGGGUGCAGUGGCUGCCCAGGAAGUGCUGAAGGCAAUCUCCAGGAAGUUCAUGCCCCUGGACCAGUGGCUUUACUUUGAUGCCCUCGAUUGCCUUCCAGAAGAUGGGAAGCUCCUUCCCACACCGGAGGACUGUGCGCCGAGAUGUUGCCGCUAUGAUGGGCAAAUUGCAGUGUUUGGGGCUGGUUUUCAGGAGAUGCUGGGCCAGCAGCACUACCUCGUGGUGGGUGCUGGUGCUAUCGGCUGUGAGCUGCUCAAAGGUUUUGCCCUAGUGGGCCUGGGGGCCGGGGCCAGCGGGGGCGUGACUGUUGCCGACAUGGACCACAUAGAGCGCUCCAAUCUCAGCCGUCAGUUCCUCUUCAGGACCCAGGAUGUUGGCAGGCCCAAGGCAGAGGUAGCUGCAGAGGCCACUCACCGCCUGAACGCAGACUUGCAGGUGACCCCAUUCACCUACCCACUGGAUCCCACGACAGAGCACAUCUACGGGGAUAACUUCUUCUCCCGUGUGGAUGGCGUGGCUGCUGCCCUGGACAGUUUCCAGGCCCGCCACUAUGUGGCUGCUCGCUGCACCCACUAUCUGAAGCCACUGCUGGAGGCGGGGACACAGGGCACCUCGGGCCAUGCUUUCGUGUUCAUGCCACAUGUGACUGAGGCCUACAGAGCCCCUGCCUCGGGCUUAGCUUCUGAGGAUGCUACCUACCCUGUCUGCACCCUGCGGCACUUCCCCAGCACAGUCGAGCACACCUUGCAGUGGGCCCGGGACGAGUUUGAGGGGCUCUUCUGUCUGUCUGCUGAGAUCAUCAACCGCCACCGUCAGGAGCUCACUUCCCUGGCAGAAACAGAUGGGCCACAGGAGCUGACCCUGCUGGAGGAGGUGCUGGGUGUCCUGAGAGAGCGUCCACAGACCUGGCAAGACUGUGUGGUGUGGGCCCUUGGCCACUGGCAACGACGCUUCCAUUAUGGCAUCAUGCAGCUGCUGAGCUGUUUCCCACAUGAUAAAGUGCUAGAGGAUGGAACUCUUUUCUGGUCGGGUCCCAAACAGUGUCCUGAGCCCUUGGAGUUUGAUGCCAGCCAAGACACACACCUCCUCUACGUGCUGGCGGCUGCUAACCUGUAUGCCCAGAUGCAUGGGCUGCCUGGCUCAUGGGACCAGACGGCGCUCAGGGAACUACUGAAGUUGCUGCCAUUGCCUGUGCCCCAGCCCUUGGCCCCCAGCUUUCCUAAUGACCUGGACCUAGCUGGGGCUUCUGCUGAGUUUGGCCCUGAGCGACUGAAGAAACUGCACCAAGUGCUGGAGGUCUGGAGCGGGAGCCCUCCCCUCAAGCCCCUGAAGUUCGAGAAGGACAAUGAUAGCAACUUCCAUAUGGAUUUUGUGGUGGCAGCAGCAAGCCUGCGUGCUCAGAACUAUGGGAUCCCCCCUGUCAACCGCACCCAGAGCAAGCGAAUUGUGGGCCAGAUUAUCCCAGCCAUUGCCACCACCACAGCAGCUGUGGCGGGCCUGGUGGGCCUGGAGCUGUACAAGGUGGUGGGCGGGCCACGGCCCCUCAGUGCCUUUCGCCACAACUACCUGCAUCUGGCUGAAAACCGCUUCAACCGCUGGGUGCCCUGCGCCCCAGCCAUCCAGAAGUUACAUCACCUGACAUGGACCUGGACGUGUUGGAACCGCCUGAAGGUGCCUGCUGGGCAGCCAGAGAAGACCCUGGAGUUACUGCUGGCCCAUCUCCACGAACAAUUUGGGCUGAGGGUGAAGAUGCUGCUGCAUGGGAAGGCCCUGCUCUACUCAGCAAGAUGGCCGCCUAAAAAGCAGGCCCAGCACCUGGCCCUCAGGGUGACGGAACUGGUGCAGCAAGUGACAGGCCAGAUGCCUAAGCCAGGGCAGCAGGUGCUGGUGCUGGAGCUCAGCUGUGAGGGUGAGGAGGACGACACUACCUUCCCACCCCUGCACUAUGAGCUAUGUGACAAGACAGCAGCCCUCUCACCCGGCUCUACGGAGCCCUGCAUCCCGAGCCCACAGUAAGCCCUCAAUAAAUGCUUGUUGAAAGAG